AUGGACUGCGCCUUUCCCUUCAGCUCUGCCACACAACGCUUGCUGCAGCUGGACGAGGAACAGCUGGAUCAGUGGAAGUACUCUCGGCGUGUAAGGCCCCAGUACCACCACAGUGAGCACAGCCUGAACCCAGUUGGCCAGGGAUGCCAGAACAGUCGCUUGGAGCCACUGGAGUGCCGGGAUCUGCUGGUCCAGAAUGCGCUCUUCACUGGGGACCUGGAGAUGCUGCGGAAGUACUUCACCAAGAGCGCAGCCAUCAAUCUCAUCAUUGAGACCAAGGGGGAUGAGCUGCGCUGGACUAGCAGAAAAUUUGGUUCUGGGUACUGCAUCAUGGGUAGCAUCACGGGCAGAGGAGACAAGAGUCAGGAGCCCAUUUGCACGCGGAAGGUGGAUGGCCUUGCCCAGGUCUACUGGCAGGCCCUGCUGACUGGGGAUCAGGGGACUGUGGCCGAGAUCCUCAGCAACCCUCAGAACAACCUGAGUCCCAAUGCUGUGUUUGACACCAGUGACCUGGAAGAGUGGAAAAACUACCGCUUCAACUUCCGCCGGCUGAAUCUUUGGUCUCUGAGCUACGAGCAGGAGCUCACCACGCCGCUGCACAUCACGGCCAGCCGGGGCUACACAGACUGCCUGCGGCUCCUGCUGCUCCGGGGUGCUGCCGUCAACUUUGCACCAGGGGGUAAGACUGCCCUGCAUGAGGCUUGUGCGGCAGCCAGGACAGACUGCGUGCGCCUGCUGCUCGGCUUUGGUGCUGACCCUGAGGCUGUCUCUGAGGAUGGCUACAAGCCCCUGCAUCUCUGCAAGAGCCCAGACUCUAUCGAGUGUGUCCAGCAGCUGCUGCAGCAUGGCGCCAGUGUGAACAGUCAGACAGAGGAGGAAGACGACACAGCACUGCAUGUAGCAGCACGGCAUGGCCUAGUAGACCACGUCCAGCUGCUUCUGCGCUCUGGGGCAGAGCUGGAGGCAAAGAAUGAGGAGGGGCAGACGCCACUGAAUGCUGCCUGUGCUCAGCCCCAUCAACCCCAGGACAUGGACCGCUACUACCGGGUCUGCCAGCUGCUGGUGGAGAGUGGUGCUAGCAUCAAUGCUGCAGACAGGGACCGCCAGCACCCUCUUCACCUGGCCUGCAAGAACGCCAAUGCUCAAGUAGCAGAGUUACUGCUGGCCCGGGGUGCAAACGUCAACGUCAUGAACUACAGCGGCAACACGGCACUGCACAAUAUCCUGCAAGCAACUGCCUACAAGCUAGAGCACCACCCAGAGCUUGUGGUGCAAGCCCUGCUCAACUACGGUGCCAUCCGCAUCUGGCCUGGCUCCCUCCUCAAGGUGCUGCGGUACUGCCAUACCUGCCCGCGAGUCAUCGAGGCCCUGAUGAACAGCUAUGAUCACGUGCGUGUCUCCGAGGACUGGGUGGAAGCCGUUCCAGUAGAGGUUGUACAGAAAUACCCACAUUUCUACCAGUCGCUUUUCUCCCUGGAGCAAAGACCUCGCUCCUUGCAGCACCUGGCUCGCUACACACUCAGGACCUUCCUGGAGGGCCGGUUGCUUCUGGUCCUGUCUCAGCUGCACCUGCCAAGUGCCUUGCACCGUUUCCUGCUGCUCAGCUUUGAGGACGUCCUCUACUAA